AUGAAUAAAUCACGACCUUUAGUGAAUUUGAAUGAAAAGUUUACAAAAGCAAGUCCUACCCGACCGACAUUAGAAGGUAGCAUUUGGAGAAUUGAAUUAAAAAUUAUGACUUUCCAAACAAAGAAUUUUUUUCCAGUAAGCUCGAGCACGAAAAGGAUUCUGAGUGCAUUGAAAACAAAGUUGACGAUAUGA